GUUCAAGAACUGUACUUAAUAAUCGUUUUAGAAAAUAAAAUUAACGUCAAAAAUUAGUCAUGACAAUUGAACAUAAAGUUCACAUAUUAGAAUAAUUAAAUUCUAGGUUUUUAUAUAAAAGUACAAUAGAAAUGAAUGAUGCCAAAUAAUUGGAGUGUAUUCUGAAGAAAAAAUAAUAUUAUAUCAUAAAAAAGCAGUGUUUAUCAAUUCAAGACGCAAAAUCAGGUUUAUAUCGUAAAAUGGGCCUGAAAGAGUUCAAAAUUUCUUUUAAUAAUCCUUGGAAGACUUUUAAGCCUGGGGACACUGUCAAAGGGCAACUUAGUCUGGUAUUAGACACUCCUAAAAAAUGUCGGGGAAUAAGAGUUAAAAUAAAAGGAGAAGCUCGAACUUCUUGGCCUGUAUAUUUAAAUAAUCCGCAACACCGAUAUACUGGUCAUGAAGAAUACAUGUCAAUAAGACAUUAUUUUGCUGGGAGUUAUUCUGGUGGGGAGGUUGAAUUGUUUCCUGGUGAAUAUGUGUAUCCUUUUGAAUUUAAUUUACCACAAGAUAUACCCAGCAGCUUCGAAUCUGAUUUAGGUCAUGUUAGAUAUACAAUUAAAGGUAUCAUUGAUCGACCAUGGAAAUUCAAUCAUGAAACUAAAGUUGCAUUCUCAGUUGUAUCCCCGUUCGACCUCAAUUCAGAUCCCAGAGCUUCGGGGCCUGUUAUGGUAGAGGAAUCUAAAACCUUUGGCUGCUUUUGUACCUCACCACCAAUUACUGUUAAUUUUUCAUUACCAGCGAGAGGAUACGUUUCCGGACAAUCAAUUCCAAUCCAUGUCUAUGUUGAAAAUGUACAAGGAAUUGAAGUCCAAUUUGUAAGAUUGGCAUUAGAAAAGCACAUCACUUAUCGUGUCACUAGUCCACGAUCCGAAACCAGAACUAAGCGAAUAAUAAUAACUGAAGUUAGUAAAGUGAUUGAGGAUAGUGACAUUGUUAUUUAUGAGCAAUCAAUGAGAGUUCCACCACUCCCACCAUCAAAUUUGAAUAACUGCGGUAUUAUAGAUAUUCAAUAUAUAUUAAGAUUGAAAGCAUUUGUCAAUGGAUCGUAUAAUUCCAAUUUGAAAAUUGCUGCUCUAGUCAUCAUAGGAACUAUUCCCCUAGUAACGUCUCCUUUGACCUCGCCUUCCACGCCUUCUUUUGGACCUCCUGAUUACGCUGCCGCCGUCAUAUCAUCGAUAGUUGCACCAUCCUAUGAAGAAUCAUUGUUUGGAGCUCAAAACCUUAAAGACGAAGAUGAAUCCGAAUAUGUUAUGGGAAUUAAAGAACCUUUCGCUCCACGAUAUCCAGUUUACAAUUUCCCAUCGAAUUAGGAAUAUAUGGCGUUUAUUUUAUUAUUAAUUCUCCAACUGCUCUCUGGAUUCGCAUCUUUGAUAUCAGGCUUCAACCUUAUCCAGUAGGCACAAAAUUUGGCGACGUCAUUACGACAUCGUUACGACAGCUUUAUGAAAACUGUAUGAUAUCCUAUCUCCGUGUCAUUAAGGUCCCUUUACGAUAUCGUAAAAACGUCGUAUGAUCUCACGAUGUCUUCACGAUAUCGUAGUAAAGGCAGCGUAACGACACGGAAAUAGAAUGUCCUAAAAUUGUGGUAAAGAUGUCGUAACGUUGUCGUAAAGACGUCGCCAAAUUUUAAGCCCACUGGGUAUAUAAGUGCCUAUAUACAUUUACUAUCAAUAUUGUACAUUGUAUACUG